AAGAGAUCAAAACCAUUUCAGUGACCAUUGCCAACAAAGCCUUUUCGGUAUCUUUUUCUAUUCUUUUCUCCACUUUCAAGAUUCAUAACUAUUUGGGCCUCGGCUGGUCGUCGACACCGGAGGAAAUGAAGGACGUGAAGGAGCCGGAAAUCAAGUUGUUUGGGAGGAAGAUUGUGUUGCCGGAGCACGGCGGAGUUCCCGCCGGCGGGGAAUCUUCCGGCGAGAGCCAUGGAGGGAGUGGUGGCGGCGCCGAUUGUGAUCGCUGCUCGGAGGUGAGUGGAGGGGAAGGAGAGGAAGAGAAGGCUGAUGAAGAAAAGCAGCCGCAGGGGACUGAGGAGGACCAAGAUGCAGAAACCUGUGAAACUAAGCCACAAGGACAGGAAGAAAAUCUAGGUGAAGCAGAGGAAUCCCAUAAUCCUGAUGCGGUAGUGGAGUCCGAUGAGAAUCCUAAAACGCCGUCCAUUGACGAAGGUAUUGUCUCAGAAGAACAUCCCAAGACUGAAAACGGGCAAAGUGAUGCAACAAACGGGCAGCAGAAGACCUUGAAGAAGCCCGACAAGAUUCUUCCCUGCCCUCGUUGCAAUAGCAUGGACACCAAGUUCUGUUACUACAACAACUACAACAUCAACCAGCCUCGCCACUUUUGCAAGAGCUGUCAAAGGUACUGGACUGCCGGAGGCACAAUGAGGAAUGUCCCUGUGGGGGCUGGUCGGCGGAAGAACAAGAAUUCAGCGUCACAUUGUCGUCACAUUACAAUCUCUGAAGCCCUGCAGGCGGCUAGGAUCGAUGCGCCUAAUGGAUUUCAUCACCCGGCUUUCAAACCUAACGGCACCGUCCUCUCGUUCGGUCCCGACUCAACUCUAUGCGAAUCCAUGGCGUCCGCUUUGAAUCUUGUGGACAAAAGAGUGCCAAAUGGGGUGAAAAACGGGUAUUACAGGCCUGAUCAUGGAUCAGGCUCAGAAUCUUGCAAAAACAGGGAGAACGGCGAUGAUUGUUCUAAUGGAUCUUCUGUCACAGCAUCGAGUUCAGUGCAAGAUGGAGGCAAAAAUGGGCCUCAACAACCCCUGAUGCAUAGUAUAAACGGCUUCCCAUCUCCGGUUCCAUGUAUUCCAGGGGUUGCCUGGCCAUUUCCCUGGAAUUCGGCAGUUCCCCUACCGGCCAUGUGCCCUCCGGCUUACCCAAUGCCGUUCUACCCUGCCCCGUAUUGGAAUUGCAGCCUUCCUAAUGCUUGGAAUGUUCCGUGGCUAUCGGUGCCGUCUCCCACUGUAAACCAGAAGGCAACCGGCUCCAACCCCAGCUCGCCCCUUGGCAAACACUCAAGAAACGGCGAAUUGCUCAAGCCAAAGAACACAGAAGGUAAAGAGCACUUGGAACCAAAGAAUCCAGAAAGCUCAAUUGUGGUUCCUAAAACGUUGAGGAUCGAUGAUCCUGAGGAAGCUGCAAAGAGUUCUAUAUGGGAAACACUGGGAAUCAAGUAUGAUACCAUCAGCAGAGAAGGUCUUUUCAAGGCCUUGCAACCAAAGGGUGAUGAGAAAAAGCAGGCAGUUUCCGCCUCGCCGGUGUUGCAGGCCAACCCUGCAGCCUUGUCUCGAUCCAUUAACUUCCAGGAGGGUGCCUAAAUGAAUUCAUUUUUCAGGGAUCAGCUUAUGAGCAGUUGAUUUUGCUCGAUGGAACGGUCUUUAACCUCUUACCGGCUUCUAAGACAAGCCCAUCGAUGUCCAAAUCUCGUACGUGGAACUCUUAAGAUGCUCUUGAGGGAAAUGGUUGAUUUCUUUUAGGGGUAAUUACAUUAAUAUCUCCUGAAACAUAUAUAUUACAAAAAUAAUCUUCAAUUUUGAAAAAUUACAGCAUGCUCCUUGUAGUCUGUUUUACAAUACAAGAUUACCCUCAGAGACUGAAUAAUUUGCGGUAAUUUGUAAUGUAAAACACGACGGUGGCAGAGGAUGCAAAUGUUAUUUUCAAAAAUUGAAGGAUAUUUUUACAAUAUAUUGAGAAAGGAGCUGAGGAGAUGUCUAUGAAAUUACCACUUUGUGCUUUCAUGUACAUAAUUUUGCAGACAAUACUGACAUAUGUGAAGAGUGAGAAUAUAUUAUUACCAUGGAUAUAACUUUGUCUGAAAAA